AACAUAUUUGCCGAAUUUUAGUCAAUAUCAGGGUAUUAACAAAAUAAAUGCAUGAUGCGUGUGCAUGAUACAAUUGUGUAAGGAAAACCGAUACGCGCUUUAAAUACGGUGAGUUACGGGUAGUUACGGCGUAUGAAAUAUAACCCAAACUUCAAAAUUUAUUACAGCUAGAUACAAUAUUUCAAGGGGCUUUCGGUUUUCAAAGAUAUUUUCAAAGAUAUUGUGAUGACACUUCUAAAGGAUUUUGUACUUUAAUUAACAUUAAAGGCAGUUUCAAUACGUGUAAAAUAUGAAUGCGAGUAUUCUAACAACUAGCAUAGUUUUGCUGGCUGCCUUAGUGUAUCGGGAUGUCGUUGUCGCAAGGGUUACUUCUACACAAGCACCAAAUUCAACAAAUAUACUCAACACUACAGGCCAGGGCAUUAUUACCACUUCUCAACCAUUAGCUAACAACUCAACAACUGAUCUACCUCGUGUUAACACUACAAUUUUCGAUGAAGCAUAUCCAAACGCAACAGAAAGUACAAAAGCAAACCAAGGCACUGACAGUUCACAAGCAUUGCCAGGAAAUAGUUCGACUUUAGAAAACGCAACAGAUAACGGUGUUGAAGAAAGAGGUAAAGAAGAGUGGGACCAUGAACAUCCAGGGGUUGAGCUUAUUGUUUUAAAUUGGAAAGAUGUGGAAUAUCCCUUCAUAGUCACCCUCGUGCUGAUAUUUGCUGGUUUAAGCAAACUUGUUUUCCACUUCUCACAUUUUCUGUCGUCGAAGGUACCAGAAUCUUGCGUUCUGAUUGUACUUGGCGUCAUUUCCGGACUAAUUCUUUAUUAUACUGGUGUUACAAAAGACGUUAAGCUGUACGAACCUAACCUAUUCUUUAUGUACCUUUUACCUCCAAUUAUCUUGGAAGCAGCAUACAGUCUGUAUGAUCGUACGUUUGCGGAGAACAUUGGUGGGGUUAUCCUCUUUGCUGUACUGGGAACAGUUCUUAAUUGUUUCUUAAUUGGUUUAAGCAUGUAUGGACUAUAUAUGGUAGGGGCAAUGGAAGACGUGCACACUUCUUUUGUACAGAUGCUCCUGUUUGCUGCCUUAAUUGUUGCCGUUGACCCUGUAGCAGUAUUAGCUGUGUUCCAAGAGGUCGGUGUUAACAACAUGUUGUACUUCCUGGUUUUUGGUGAAUCACUUCUCAACGAUGGUGUGACUGUUGUACUUUAUGACGUGAUGCAAAUAUUUAUAACAAUGCCUGAAAUAACAGUUGGUCAGAUAUUCCUAGGAAUCGCCAAGUUUUUUGUUGUUGUGAUAUUUGGGGUGCUAAUUGGUGUUGUAUGUGGAAUGAUGUCAUCAUUUAUUACAAAGUUUACAAACUCAGUGAAGGUUGUUGAGCCCCUAAUCGUAUUCGGGUUUGCCUACAUGUCAUACGUGUUGUCUGAUAUGUUCGAGUUUUCUGGCAUCAUAAGUAUUAUAACUUGUGGAAUUGUACAGGCCCAUUACACGUUCCAUAAUGUCACCAAGAAAUCAAGGCUUGCAAUCAAAUUUCUAUCCAAAGUAAUGGCGAAUGCAAGUGAGAUAAUCGUUUUCCUGGACCUUGGAAUUGUAACUAUCAACCUUGACUAUGACUGGAAGACAGGGUUUUCUCUUUGGGCUCUCCUCUUCUGUAUUGUUUACAGAUUUAUAGUGACCUACAGCCUGUCCGCUUGCCUCAAUAAAUUUUCAGCUGGAAGAGUUCGGAAAAUAAGACUCGACGAAAUGUUUAUGAUUAGUUAUGGAGGACUAAGAGGGGCAGUUUGUUUCUCGCUGGUGGCUCUGAUAGACGAGUCUCACGUUCCUAUGAAGAACUUGUUUGUCACCACUACACUCUUCAUAAUAUUCUUUACUGUAUUUGUGCAGGGUGGUACUAUAAAAUGGCUUGUGAAGAAACUACGUGUGAAACUUGCAGAAGGUGACCCGGAAAUGAAUCUCAAUAGAGAGCUAGCAUCCCAUGUAUUUGAUUACAUCCUAGCCGGUGUUGAACAAAUUGUUGGUUAUACAACAGGAGACCAUCAUAUAAAAAAGAAACUGGAUAAACUGGAUGAUAAAUUGAUCAAACCAAAACUUCUUAAACAUGCAACUAGAACAGAAUUAAGUGAUAUAUCAAGAUGCUAUGAGAAAGUUGUCAUGAAGGAGCAUUAUAAGAAUUUGCAUUGUUCUGGUGCCAAACUUCCAAAGGUCGAUUCCGACAUGCUGCAUAAACUGGAACAUGUACUGAAUCCGAACAGACAGAGUGACGACGAUUUCUCCAGCAGUGGUACAGGAACCUGUGAUAGCUACCAGAGUUUAGUUUCUAGAUUUGAAAAGCAGCUCGCUGAGGAUAAUCUUGCCUAUGGUGAUGACGUUCACAAGUUUUUCAAGUACACCCUGGAGAACGUUAAAGACAAUUUGCAUGUUAAAAUUCAUGACAAAAAUCUGGUGCACGAUCACGACGAGCACACGAUGACUCAAUAUCGUCGUCAACAAAGAAACAAUGGUAUCGCCGGCAUGCGUCGGAGUCAGACAUUUGAUGUAGUAAGAGACUAUUCUAGGCUACAACCAAGUCUUGAGAGGGUGUCUCCUAAAGACAUUAAAGUACGAAUAAAUCAAGAUAGUCAAGGCACAACUCCAAACAAGAAAAUAUUGUCGACAGACGCCCAUGUACACGAUGAGCACGAGAGAGAGCGUGUAAAUAAAGGCAGGACGAUAAACGAGGAGGGCGUGGAAACUGAGACUGGAACUAUAGUGUUCACAUUAUAAUAAUUUAUGUUAAAAUGACACUGGGAAAGCUGCAAAGAACUUUGGAAAUACAUGUAUUGUUAUAAUAUAUGUCUCAAAUGUACAUUAAUAUAUUGCUCACGUCAGAAGGAGAAAAGCACACGUGUCUUUCCGGAGAAGCUCGAAGUCCAGUGCUUACGAAAAACUUGAAGCUCGAAGUCCAGUGCUUACGAAAAACUUCUAUAUUUUUUUUAAUCAAUCUUGCUAUUUUUAAAGGGAUGCGCUCGUGAUACCCCCAUGAGCAAUGUACAAGUGACAAUCUUUUUAUUGUCUUAUUUAUUCUAUUGUGGUUAUUCAUUAGUGCUAUUUUGAACUGUUAACAAUGAACCUUCUGAAUUUGGACAGUACCUUUACCAGCUUUGAAUUUGGAACUUUCAGAUCGAAUUUUAAGAUUUUUCAAAAUUCAAAUAUUGAGUGACGACAAUAUGCAGUACGGUCAUAGUUCUUUACAAUCGCAUCUUGUCGGCUCUUUCCGUCAAACUCGAGAAAGGAAUAAUCGCCGAUGUGUUCCGAUUGGGUUCUUUACUGGUGGCAAAGUUUAAUAACUUCCGGUUUCGGGAGCAGUUUGAGCUUUAAAGGGACUCCACUGAGAUUUUUUGACUUGGCGGAUCUGGAAGAACUUUUUCUAGAUUUGUGUACAAUAUGAUGAAGGUCUUGACCAAAAAAAUGUGUGUGCAAAAUUUCAGAUCAUACGCUUUGACACCAAAUCACACAUUUUUUGCAAUAAUUUAAUUUUUUUUUGUAUAUUUAAAAUUUUAACUCACCGAAACAAAGUUCGGUUCAAAUACUUUAUGUCACACUACAAGAAUUAUUUAUGGAAAUAGAAUCUGGUACUUCUUUAAGGCCCUGAUUGGGGUAUCCAAAACAUGGUCUUUUACCUCCCAGCAGUAGAUAAGAUCUUACGUCAAAAAUAGCAGGAAGAUCAGCAGCAAUCAUUUAUUUUUCAUUUUAUUUGUUUGAUAUAUCUUUUGUUGAUACUUCAAUUGUUUUUCAAACUUGUUACCCAAGUCGGCGGUCUGUGAACAAGACAAUUCUAACUACAAUGUACCUUAUUGUAAUUUAGUAAAAAAAACGUUUAGGGACAGUUUGUGUGUACAAACGGUUUAAUGUUAUUUGUUACACACUAAAAGGUUUACUAACUUUAAAAUUAUCAACAUAUUAUGUCCUGCUUAUAUAAUUCUAGGUGAUCUAGCUUGUUUCUUGAAAAACAAAGUUAAAACAAAAAUAUUUAUCAAUGGUCGGUGUUAUCUAUGCGUCGGAGUUAUCUCCCCAACCAGUAUAUAUUUCUUUAUAUCAUAUUUUGCUCAUUGUUUUAGUUUAAAGUGUCCUGGUUGAUGUUUUUUUUUUU